AACCACUCAUGGAGCAGACAUCUGGACUACAUGCUGACAAUGGUUGGCUACUGUGUUUCAUUAGGAAACCUGCUGAGAUUCCCCUAUAUCUGCAACAGGAACGGUGGAGGAGCUUUCCUGAUCCCAUUCAUCUUGCUACUGCUCAUUACCGGGUUUCCAACGUUCUUCCUGGAGUCGAUAAUCUCCCAAUUCUCGGGAAAGGGUGCCAAACAAGUUUGGAGCUUUUGUCCUUUGUUUCAAGGGAUUGGGGUUGGCGCUGUGGUGGUUACAUGUUCGUGUAUGUCCUAUUACAACCUGUAUCUGGCCUGGCCCAUCUACUACAUGGCCCAUCUACUACAUGGUGAAGUCCUGCUCCAGCGUCCUGCCCUGGACAACUUGUGGCAACAGCUGGAACACCGACCUGUGUGCGGAAAACGUGAAUACAACCUACGCCAGUAA